AUGCUUCCUAAACUCGUCUCUAUUCAGAAGUCAGCUUUAGUGAAAGGUUUUAGUAGUAUUUGGCAGAAAUGGAUGUAUGGUUGUAUUUCUAAGAUCUCAUUUUCUAUGCUUAUCAAUGGCUCAACAUUUGGUAAGUUUACUUCCGAGAAAGGUUUACGCCAAGGCGACCCUUUAUCUCCGUUUCUUUUUCUUCUCGUCUCCGAGGUUCUAACUAUGAUGUUUGUUAAAGCUGAAAUGGAGGGUAUGCUUGGGGGUUUUUGUUCUUCCUCAUCUGUUAAUGUCGUCAAAAGGAAUUUUUCUAAGUCUAGUUUCUUUGGUGUUGGUGAUGCUCCAGAUAUUGAGGGGUUGGCUGAAAUAUUGGUUUGUUCUUGCGAUAGUUUUCCUACUCAGUAUCUUGGCAUGCCUUUAUGGGGAAAAACGAACUCUACUGCUAAAUGGGAUAGAGUCAUUGAGCUUUGUAAGGACAUAUUUGCCCCGUAG